AUGGAGACAUACUUCGGCCACGUUCGCACACCCGCUGACGCUAGUAUCCUUUUUGAGGCUUGUUGUAUCGGCCUUUUACCCCGAGCACAGAGGCGGCUUUCGAAAAAGGAGCGGCAAACUAUUCGAUCUGGCUCUACGUUUGUAUGGGAUGAGCGAGAGACGGGCAUACGUCGAUGGCCAGACGACAGGUCAUGGAGCGCUAGCCGAAUUUCGGGUGGCUUUUUGACAUAUCGUGAGAUGGAGGGAAGGCGGGCCGGUGGGAGUGUUCCCCGUGCAUCUAUAUCAAGAGCCGACAAGACACCGGACAUUACCUGGGGCAACUAUGAGAACGCAGGAGAUGAUAAAGAUAGGAAGGAUGAGUAUCUAUACAAGCCGGACGGUUUGUUGAAGCAGUCAAUCAGUAUUACGACUUCCACUGGUCAAAGGCUCCACCUGAUCAACUAUUACUCCUGCUCCCACCCAUACGCUACCAACCUCCAACAACCCACCACUGAUCCAGCGCUCCAACAUGUUCAUCCUCUGAACAAGCUCUAUUAUAAAUCCGCUGUCAACUGCCGGCAGAGUCUGCCGGUGGCUUCUUCUGCACCCAUGGCCGGAGCAACAGGCAAUCUUGUCCCUCACCCUGGUCCCUCACAUGCGCGCACAUCACAAGCACCUUCAUAUACACCACCGUCAUAUGCUUUGCCUUUUAAUCCUCUCGCUACUCCGUCCACAGUUGCCCUUUUCCCCUAUUAUCCUCAUUCCGACCCUCCUGAUUCUAGAAUUGACUCAUUUGGUCCCUUCGUAACUCCUUCAUAUGGUCAUCAAGAUCCAACCACCAGUCCGUCAGCAUCUCACCCUCAUACUAUCCCACCGCCUCCUCACCAUGACGUGCCAUAUGAGCGGCCACAUCCUGAAUCGACUCGACUUCCUCCCCGUCCACUUGCUGCAGCACUACCACUACCAUAUUACCCUGGUCAUUCACCUCACUCUAUCCAUAAAGUCCCUCCCCAGCAACGAAGCCCUCGUGCUUACGGCCAAUUCGCAACUGUCCCGUGUCUUGCCUCCCUGAGGCUUCUAAGAGCCGCUGGAACACCAGUAAAUGAGUAUGCACGGAGAAACGCCCAUCUGUUAAAGCGGACGCUUCUCAGCGCACCGCAGCUCUUCAGUCCCUUUGACACACCUCCCAAGCCCCUUGAAUCUGGGAAUACUGUUUCUCCCAUUGGCCCAUUGGUGAGUGGUGUGUCGCUUCCACCGAUCAUGUCUUCCGUUGCUCCCAGUGGUGGCUCUGGAAUUCCGCCGGCCGCCCCGCCUUCGACCAUAGCCCAAGGGCCUCGAGAUAUUCCUACUCAGAAAAUAGUGUUUGUUGGGGAAGACCUGCGUGCUCUGCGUCUAUUGGACCGGGUUUUCAUUUAA